AUGGCGUCCUUGAACUUGUUUUUCACUCCAAUUAAUACUGUCCCGCGAAGAAGAGUGUGCACAGCAGCCACAGCUGCAAAGAGCUCUGGUGGAAGUAGCCAGGAGAAGGGGCUGCUGGAUUUUAUCCUUGGGGGACUGCAGAAAGAAGAUCAGCUCUUGGAAAUUGACCCAAUCUUGAAGAAGGUGGAGGAAAAGGAUGGUGGGCGCAAGAAUCCCGCAGCCGUGCCACCUCCGAAGAAGAAAGACGGCGGCUUUGGAUUUGGGGGAUUAUUUUCCAAGGAUGAAAAGUGA